CUUUCCGCCAAGUCAUGCCCAGGUCCCCGGACUCAGUGCAGCUGGCUUGCAAACUCGCUGCCGCCCCGCCUCCCCCCGGAAACUCUCCCAUUGGCUCCCGCGGCGCGGAGGCUUUCGCUCAUUGGUCGGUGGGCCGCGAACGCGAACGCGCGGUGAUGCCGCACUUUCCGGGCUGGCCAGACGCCCCCUGCUAUGCGUGGGGAGAAUUACAUUGCUGGCGGAUCUGGGAUCACAUUUUGUGGUUACAUCUCACAUUCGGCCUCCCUCCGCGGGAGAAAGGGCCCCCGGAGCAGUGGGCCGAGAGGUUGGGGUGCAGGGAGGGCCUCGGGUGCUGGGCGGGGGUGCAGUGCAGGGGAGGAGGCAGGGGGCGAGGGGCGGCGCCCGCGAGCCCGUGGACAUGGCGCGGCCGGACGACGAGGAGCGGGUAGCGGCAGCGCCGGGACAGGCGCCUGCACAAGGGUACCUCCCGGUCCCGGGGGGCUCGCCAGCCGCGAAGAUGAGCGCGGGGUCGCAGAGCGAGCCCGAAGCCUGCUGCCUGGCCCUGAAUGGAGUUUCUCGGGACAGCCCCGCGGCUGCCUCGGGAGCCCUGGGCAUCCCGCAGAUUCAGCUGGCCCUAGAGGAGGAGACCCAGGUUCGGCUGCUGCCCACGGACCCCGGGAAGGAGACCCCAGGGGCGGAGGGCUCCCUGGUGCCCCGGACGGCGCUCUCUGCGCGGCGCUUUGUGGUGCUUCUGAUCUUCAGCCUGUACUCGCUGGUCAAUGCCUUCCAGUGGAUCCAGUACAGCAUCAUCAGCAACGUCUUUGAGGGCUUCUACGGUGUCUCCUCGCUGCAUAUCGACUGGCUGUCCAUGGUGUACAUGCUGGCCUACGUGCCCCUCAUCUUCCCGGCCACCUGGCUGCUGGACACCCGAGGCCUGCGGCUCACCGCCAUGCUGGGCUCCGGCCUCAACUGCCUGGGCGCCUGGAUCAAGUGCGGCAGUGUGCAGCAGCAUCUGUUCUGGGUCACCAUGCUGGGCCAGUCCCUCUGCUCCGUGGCCCAGGUGUUCAUCCUGGGCUUGCCCUCCCGCAUCGCCUCAGUGUGGUUUGGGCCCAAAGAGGUGUCCACAGCUUGUGCCACCGCCGUUCUGGGCAAUCAGCUCGGAACGGCCGUUGGUUUUUUGCUACCACCAGUUUUAGUGCCCAACACACAGAAUAACACAGAUCUUUUGGCUCAUAAUAUCAGUACCAUGUUUUAUGGAACAUCGGCUGUUGCCACACUAUUAUUUGCUUUAACAGUGAUAGCAUUCAAAGAAAAACCUGACUAUCCGCCAAGUCAGGCCCAAGCAGCCCUUCAAGAUACGCCCCCUGGCGAGUACUCCUAUAAGAAAUCAAUAAGGAACCUGUUCAAAAACAUUCCUUUCGUCCUUCUAUUGAUCACUUAUGGUAUCAUGACUGGAGCAUUUUAUUCAGUUUCAACAUUAUUAAAUCAGAUGAUACUGACAUACCAUGAGGGAGAAGAGGUGAAUGCUGGGAGGAUUGGGCUAACACUAGUGGUAGCCGGAAUGGUAGGCUCCAUUCUUUGUGGCUUAUGGCUGGAUUAUACCAAAACGUACAAACAGACUACUCUGCUGGUUUACAUUUUGUCUUUCUGUGGGAUGAUCACAUUUACCUUCACCCUGGACCUCGGACACAUUGUCCUCGUGUUUGUCACCGCGGGGGUGCUUGGUUUCUUCAUGACGGGUUACCUCCCCUUGGGCUUUGAAUUUGCUGUUGAAAUCACUUACCCUGAAUCUGAAGGCACUUCGUCAGGUCUUCUCAAUGCUGCUGCGCAGAUAUUUGGGAUUUUGUUCACACUGGCUCAAGGAAAGCUCACCUCAGAGUACAGCCCCAAGGCAGGAAACAUUUUCCUCUGUGUUUGGAUGUUUGUGGGCAUCGUUUUAACAGCACUAAUCAAGUCUGACCUGAGAAGACACAACAUAAAUAUAGGAAUUACAAAUGGCAAUAUUAAAGCUGUACCAGUUGAGAGUCCCACAGAUCAAGAGUCAAAAACUGUUACGCUGUUCGAGCAGGCAGAACCCGCAAUCUGAGGGGGAGGGGAAGUUGGUAUCAAGUGAUAACUCGCGGCACGGCUUGGUUUCUAGGUGAUGAGAGAUGGGCACACGCUGGCACUGUGGGACCCCGACAUGCAGUCCCCGUUUUUGCUUCAUCGUUAAUUUAAGCAAUAUUUUACUUAGGGUGCUUUUGUUUACAUCAUCUUAACACUACCAUGUGUCUAACAAGUGUCCCAUUUGGGGUCUCAGAGGGUCGAUCUGAAAGUAAGCUUCUUGACAUUUAUUUUUCAAAAGGACGUGGUUUUCUGUUUUGUAGAAAGUGGAAGCCUGGAUGGCUUCCUCUCACGAUCACGUGGACGUCUGAUCCUGUUCGGUCCCCUAGGAGCACAGUCAGUUUGUUUGUAAAGAUGUCCAGGAGGACCACGUGCGGGAUGUGUCCUGACAGGCUCCCUGUGUGCCGUGGGAGCCCCUCCGUGGGAGCCCCUUGGUGCGAGUGCGGUGUGGCGAUACGCCGCUUCCAUCCACCAGGGACGGCGCUGGCGCUGGGAUCGGACUUGCAGACAGGGCUGCGACUUUCCCGUCUGGUAUUCUCGUUACGCUGCGCUUUGUAACAGGUACUGUCAAUGACCAUAGGAACCAUUUGGUGCCGAUCGGCUUCGGUCUCAUGUUCUGAUGAAGCUGAGGAGCCAGACACGGGCCGUCAUCUUGAGUUCUCUGUGCCUUCUUUCAUGGCAGAUAUAGUAACACUGUAUUUUUUCACUCUGGUGUGAGAUAGAGAAGUUUUGUACUUAUUGGCUUUUUCACGUGUUCCUUUUUUUUUUUUUUUUUGGUGCAAUAUAUAAGUUCCUAGUGAGAAAAUGCCAUACUCUGUGUUACUGGCUUUUCCACGAUUUCUCGUGUCACAUCGUAUACUUUCGCCUCGAAGAUUCCAGAGAUAGGGAAAUCUCUGCUCAGCCCGGGUGUUCCAACUCCGUGGGGACCCCUGCAAAUGCUGUGCGUUCUAACUCUCUGGUGUCCUUUUUAUGUCAUUUUUAUGACCCUGCUCCUUUGAACACUGCGACACCUGAGCAUGUGCUCCCUCGGUGUGUCGGGAGAGGGGCUCCUUGUCUUCACCCCAGACCGCACAGUGUCCCCACCGCAGGGACAGUCUGCUCUGUCACGUGCUCAGGGUAAGCGGAACAGGACCAAAUGUGUUUCCACAGUGCCUACCUCUGCCUGUUGUUUACUGUGCGAAUUUCAAUGUUGUUGGCGUUCUGACUCUCUGAACUGAUGCGGGAAUAUCAUCUUCAGAGUAAUGACAUAUAAACAGCCAUACUGCUUACAUGAUGUCCACAUACACAACAAGAGCCAAUCAGGUAAACCCUGGGUACCCUGGGAGUGAGUAAACCCCUCUGAUCUGGGCGCAGUGCACCAUUGCUUCUCGCUGAAACGAUGACAGUGUCCUCUGUCCUCAACCCCACAGUCCCUCACGUGGAAUCUCCCCCUGGCGGCCGUGUCAUUAGAACAACUUAACGGGAACCGCGAGCUCCAGGUCUGUGUCUUGGAUCUGCUUCUAGCUGUCCCUUUCACUUUCUGGACAGCAUUUCCUUCAUCCGUAGAAGGAGGAAUGCGUUCGCUGUGACCUCAAAGGUCUUUUUAAAAUGUUAGAUGCCGUUCACCUGGGGUAAACCAAAUCACUGUACCAGAGAAACUCAAAGGUAGCGGAGACAGCUCCUGGGCAUUUGGGAUAAACAACUGCGGUCAUUCCUCUGGACGCAGCAAGUUUAAAAUCUGUUUUUAGCCUUUUUAUUCCGUUGCCAGUAGCUCAAGCAGAGUGUGCUGACUCGUUACCUUCCUUAAGCUAUUGAUGGCACAGGUUUUUCAGCCAAAAAUAUAUUUCAAGGUCCCUCCUGGAAAUGAUUGUUUUUAUUUUUAAACUGUCGAUGUUGUUUAAAAUAAUCAUGUACUUGUUGAGUUCCUGACGUUUGGAACAAACUACAGAUAAAAAUUGGAAUACUUUGUUUUUGAAAGCAUAUGUAUAUAUAUGUCAUGUGUAUUUUUCCUUGUUGAUUAAUAAAAGAAUGAAAUAUAAUAUGGUAAAAUGCAAAAUAAAUUGAUAAUUUUUCUGUAUUAGUUAAAGUUGUCUGUAAUAUGUCAGACAAGAAUGUCAUAUAGUUCUGUAUCGUAUCUUUGGGAAAUGGAGUCGAGUAACUGACUCUUGUAAAAAUUUUAACCAAAUGAUUCCAGAUAGAAACCGAUGCUUGCAAUAGCCAUUGUGUUGAUAAAUGUUGCAAAUACAGCUUUUGCUUUUUGGGAAUGUGGGGAAAUGUCUUUAAAACUCUGUUAUGUGUAAACUCAGAGUAUUGCUGGGAAAAUCUGGGUCUCCCUUAAGUCAUUUUUCAUGUUCUAAUUUUUUUAAAGAUUUUAUGUAUUUAUUUUUAGAGAGAAGGGAAGGGAGGGAGAAAGAGAGGGAAACAUCAAUGUGUGGUUGCCUCUCACACACCCCCUACUGGGGACCUGGCCCCGCAACCCAGGCCUGUGCCCUGACUGGGAAUCAAACCAGUGACCCUUCGCUUCCCAAUCUGGUACUCAGUCCACUGACCCACACCAGCCAGGGCUCAUGUUUUUAUUUUUUUUGCUCUUUGUAAAAUGUAUCUGUAUGCUUAUUCUUCAGUAUUUUGGACUCAAAAUAAAUUUAUUUUUUUAAUGUCA